AUGCCCCCUUGUAUCAGCGAUGCAGAUUGGGAUUGGGUACUUGACCAAUACAUUGAGCACUGCCCGCCCAAUAAAGUAUUCAUCCUUGGCGUGUAUUUCAAUAAGAAGAAUUCUCAUGCAGCGGAUGGUAAAGGCUUGGCUGAUCUAAAGCCUCUUCUCGCUCCGCUGCUGGCGAAGCAAAGUUGCGCAAAAGUCCUACCUACAGAGCCUGAAAAAGCAAUCGUCCGGGCCUGCGACCGCCGCGGUCAUCUGAAGAUCACUCAGACGGGCAAAUCACCAGAGGAGUUCGGCCUGUGGUUCCGCAAGAAGAUCAUCGUCAUUUUGUACCACCUACGGCGCAUUGCCGCAUCAGACAAAAAGUGGGACGAGUGCACCCGCAAGUUGGGCGAUGCCACAAAGGAAAUACUGCGAGGACUGAUCUCCAGGAUUGACACUGCAACAUUGGACGAUGAGAACAACGGCAGCGAUACGCCACCACCGAAGGCCAAGCGCGGCGUCGCUCUUACCGGGACCCCCAAACCCAAAAAACAACGUGAGUUGCAGCCGCAGCCCAGCUCGAGCAGCAUGGGGAGCGCGGGCGAGGAGGCGUUCCUGAAGUCUGUGCGCGCUGGCACGGGUGAUCCUCCAGAUCUGCUGGCCGAGGCUGAAGCUGUGGCCUCCCGCCCGCUACCAGGUGGAGUGAGAGCACUGAAGAUGUCCGUGGCUAAAAAACCAGCUGCUGCGCCAUCCAAUACGAAGGAGUCAGCCACUCUGGGCCCCAUCAAAUUGGGCGCCUUCACGAAGGCAUCCUACAUCACGCAGUUCAGGGAGACGACUGGGAAGUGGCAUUCUAUUCUGAACAUUGAGGGCAGUUGGAUGGAUCGCCAAGGUGCGAAUUUCGAAGACCAUAGAACCCUGGCAGCCAAAAUCUUCGAGCAUGCAGCAACUUCCAAUUGCAGUGCUGAGACGCUAGUGUCUUUACGGAACCAAUGGGUACUCGAAUUCGCCGAGGGGAAGAAGGCCCCAAAGCGCAAGCCUGCUUGCGCGCAGGCGGCAGAAACCUCGGUGGACACAGAGGGCGACGACGGCGAGGAGGAAGAUGAUGACAAAGAGGAGCACAGCUCAAGCGAGGCGGAGCACAAGCCUGAGGACCCUUUCGCAGAUGAUGAUUUCUUCGGGUGA